AUGAAUUACAAUUUUAUUAGUAUUUUAUUUUUUAUAUUUAUUACAAUUAAAUUAGUCUCAGGGCUUGUAAGAAAAACACAUUCAAUUGAAUUAACAGUUGAUUCUGGUUCAAUAAGAGGAGAAUAUUUGACAAUUGGUGCUCAUGAUUAUGCUGUUUUUAAAGGGGUUCCUUAUGCUGCACCUCCUGUUGGAUCAUUACGUUUUCAAAAACCUGAACCACCAGCAAAAUGGAGAGGUGUAAUGAAUGCAACACAAUAUCCUUCAAUGUGUGCUCAAAAACCAAGAACUCGUGAAACAGAUCCAGUUAACGUGUAUCGUACUCAUAUAUCAGAAGAUUGCCUUUAUAUUAACAUAUUUGCACCACCACAAUUUACAAAUAAUACUUAUCCUGUUAUGGUUUUUAUUCAUGGUGGAAAUUUUCAAAGAGGAUCUAGUGCUGAUUUUCCUCAAGAUGCUAUUUUAAAUAAUUUUGUAUCAAGAAAAAUAAUUUUUAUUUCAUUUAACUAUCGACUAGGUCCUUUAGGUUUCCUCUCAACGGGUGAUGAAGUAUUACCAGGAAAUGUAGGUUUGUGGGAUAUGAUUAUGGCAUUAAAAUGGGUCAAAACAAAUGCACAUGUUUUUGGUGGAGAUCCAAAUAAUAUUAUGAUAUCUGGUCAUGGUAGUGGUGCAGCUGCUGCAUCACUUUUAGCAAUUUCACCAAAAACUGAAGGAUUAUUUGAAAAAAUUUUUUUAAUGAGUGGAACAGGUAUAUCUCCUGGUAUUGUACGUAAUACAGCUAUUAAUGCAACAUGGAGAUUACAAGAAAAAUUAAAUUGUCGAAGUUUUAAUUCUUCUGAAAUAUUUGAUUGUUUAAGUAAACAUGUUAAAGAUGAAUUAUUAGAUGUAGAUAGAACAUUUUAUGAUGAUUAUGAAGAAUUUGUUCCAAUUGUUGAUGGUGAUUAUGGUGUAAUACCAGAAGAUCCUGAAGUUUUAGCUUCAUAUCGACCAAAAAUUCCAAUUAUGCUUGGUACAACAAAAGAUGAAAGUAGUCUACGAAUAGUUAUAUUAAAAGAAAAAGAAAUUAAUUUAACAUUCAUGGAACAAAAAGAAGGUGAAAAAUUUGUUCAUAAUUUAACACAUACUUAUCCUGGUUUUAUUAAUCAUCCACUAAUAUCUGAAGGAUGUAAACAUGAGUAUGUUUGGUCAAAAAUAAAUCCAGAGGCAGAUGAAAAAGAAUUACCUGAAAGUAUAUUAAAAAUGUAUUCACAUUUUUGGUAUGAUGCUCCAACUUCAAGAUUAGCAUCAUAUUAUGUUAAACAAAAAGUUCCAGUAUAUUUAUAUUCAUUUGAUCAUAUAUCUGAAAACUUUGCUAUCGAUCGUGCUUUUCAUGGUAUUGAUGAAAUUUUUCUUUUUGAAAUGGAACCAAAAUUUUUACAAACUAGAAGAGAUCGUAAUUGGCAGAUAGAUAGAAGAGUAACUGAAAUUUUUGCAGAAUUAAUAAUUAAUUUUCUAAAAUACAAUGACCCAACACCUGAAAUAUCUGGAUUUACUUUUAAUUGGACAUCAAUGGAUUCAGAAACAAUAUCAUAUCUUUCAAUAACAGAUUCACCCUCAAUGUCAGUUGGAUUUAGAUGGGAUGGUCAUAUUUUUUGGAAUUGGUAUGCUCGUUAUUUGGAUGCUGUUGAUGUUGGAAAUUUACAAAGAAUUGCACAAUUGGACAAACAAUUAGGAGAUUACCAGCUCGCUACAUGGAUGCUCCUAUUUAGUGCACUCUUUUUCUUUGCAAUUCUUGUUGGAUUGGCUUGUUAUUGUACACGAAAAGAUUCUGAGGAUGAAGAUGAUAUUUAA